CCGCAGGUUCAGACGCGCUGUACCAGCUCUCACUCAGUUAAGAGGAUGCCACCAGUGGGGAAACCAUCGCUAGGAUGAAGAAAGCUGAAAUGGACCUAAGUGCACACUCAGUUUCUUCUUUUCUUGAAUACACCACAGAAGAACUCCAAUAUCAUUUUUCAGAAAAUGUGAUUUGAUUUUUUUGUUUUGUUUUCUGAAGAAGCAUUUUUUUGGGGGGGAGGGGUGGGGGGAAGUGUUGGGUCUGUGUGUAUGGUGCUCUUACGUCAAAUGCAGCAUGGAGUGACAAUGAUGUUUUCAUGAGAAAACUUACACUAAACUUCUCUUUAUGGCGAAAAAUGACUGACUCUAACUUGAGGAAUGAAAGCAACUAUGGGCUGUAUUUUGAAACGUUCAACGUGUCCGCUCUGGAGCGCAUCUUUCCCGACGACAACAUCACAAAAUGCGGAAACUUCACCAUGGACCCGCAGGUCGUCGGCACCGGGAUCUUCCUCGCCGUUUUCAUUCUGGUGGCCAUCGUCGGGAAUAUUUUGGUCAUCCUGUCCGUAGUGUGCAACAAACACCUGCAGAACAUCACAAACUUCUUCAUCGUCAACUUGGCAAUGGCAGACCUGCUGCUGAGCAUCAUCGUGCUGCCCUUCUCCGCAUCCCUGGAGGUGCUGGGAUGCUGGGUGUUCGGCCGGGUUUUCUGCAACAUCUGGGCAGCUGUGGAUGUGCUCUGCUGCACCGCCUCCAUCCUAAGCCUCUGCAUCAUCUCCAUAGACCGGUACAUCGGAGUAAAAUACUGCCUGAAAUACCCGAGCAUUAUGACCGAGAGGAGGGCAGUUGCUAUUCUGGUGCUUGUGUGGGUGUCCUCCACGGUGAUCUCCGUGGGUCCCCUCCUGGGAUGGAAGGAACCUCCGCCCGAGCACGAGACCGUGUGCGGGAUCACAGAGGAGCCGGGCUACGCGCUCUUCUCCUCCCUCUUCUCCUUUUACCUCCCGCUCAUGGUCAUCCUGAUCAUGUAUUUUCAGGUGUACAUAGUGGCCCGCAGGACCACCAAGAGUCUGGAAGCGGGAGUCAAAAGGGAGAGAAACAAGUCCGCAGAAGUUGUGCUGCGGAUCCACUGCCGCAGCGUGCUGGAGGACGCGCGCUCUGCCAGCUCCAAGAACAGUAAGACUCAUCCGUUCAGAAGUUCCCUGUCUGUGCGGCUCAUGAAGUUCUCCCGGGAGAAAAAGGCUGCCAAAACUCUGGCCAUCGUGGUCGGAAUGUUCAUCCUCUGCUGGCUGCCUUUCUUCCUCUUUCUGCCGUUAGGUUCUUUUUUCCCAGCACUGAAACCAUCGGAAUCUGUGUUUAAGUUUAUCUUUUGGCUGGGAUACUUCAACAGCUGCAUCAACCCAGUGAUCUACCCCUGCUCCAGCAAAGAGUUCCAGCGGGCGUUCACUCGGCUCCUCAGAUGCCAGUGUCACCAAAAGAGGAGGGUCCUGCGCCGCUUCUAUGACCAGAGGUGGAGGACAGCUGUGAAGGGAAUGACCAGGGAUCAGAUGAGGGACUACGCUGCUGGCUACCCAAUGCACGAAUCUUGUGGAAGGUCGUUGAUACACAAGAGGAAACAUUGCUCCCUGGGGUUAAAGAAAUUGAGCCUUUUCUCACCCCUGCAAAAGUCCUCCUUCCAGUUCAAAGAAAAAGUGAACGACCUGUCCAAUAAAAUCAAAGGAGGAACAGGAAAAGGCACACCACCUGCCCUGGGCGAGACCGAUACAGUGGAAACAGUCUCCAUGGGGAUUUACAAUUCCUGUGAGCAGAGCAGUUUUCAGUUCUACGAUUUGGCAGAGUGUUAUGGCCUUAAAGAGACUGACAUUUAGAGAGCCUCUGAGGACACUUUUAGCUAUUUCCAAAGGACCGUGCUGCUCCUUCUCUCCAGUCACUCUGACGGAGCAUACUUCUAUGGUCGGAAAAAGCAAAGUACGGCAAAACUAAGAGUAAUGACUUGACACCAGCACAAACUGGACUUAACCUUUGUUUCAUUGCAAGUCGUGUUUAUGUACAUGAUGUGGCUAAAAAGUACAGUUUUGACUCCCUGGAUUUAUACUUUGUCAUUUUAACACAGGUUCAUGUUCCUCAGCCCACAACGUGGGUUAGUCUGUGUUGAUGUAUUUUGUUAAAUUAUAUUUCUGACAGCCUCCUUGUGUUCAAUUAUUAGGCAACUGAUGAUGUGUAUAAUGCAACUGUGACAUCUAUGAUUAAAAAAAAAAAAAAAAACUAGUAGGAG